GUCCAGUUUCCCUGGUGAUGGGUUGCCCGGCGGUCGCCUGGUAACCGGUCGCGGAGGUCCUGGCUGCUGCAGCGCAGGCCGCGGAGGUCUCUGGGCCCGAGCCAACGCUGGGUUCCUUCUGUCUGUUUUAUCAUGGCUGCCGCCGCGGCAGUGGUCACGCCGUCGGGAUUGGAGGAUGGGGUGUCUCGGUCCCGCGGCGAAGGGGCGGGGGAGGUGGUCGUGGAGCGGGGGCCCGGCGCGGCCUACCACAUGUUCGUGGUGAUGGAGGACCUGGUGGAGAAGCUGAAACUGCUCCGCUAUGAGGAGGAUCUCCUCCGGAAGAACAACCUGAAGCCCCUGUCCAGACACUACUUUGCACUGCCUACCAACCCAGGGGAACAGUUCUACAUGUUUUGCACUCUUGCUGCUUGGCUGAUUAACAAAGCAGGACACCCUUUUGAGCAGCCUCAAGAAUAUGAUGACCCUAAUGCAACAAUAUCUAACAUAUUAUCUGAGCUUCGAGCAUUUGGAAGAACUGCAGAUUUUCCUCCUUCAAAAUUAAAAUCGGGUUAUGGAGAGCAUGUAUGCUAUGUUCUUGACUGUUUAGCUGAAGAAGCGUUAAAAUAUAUUGGUUUCACCUGGAAAAGACCAGCAUACCCAGUGGAAGAAUUAGAGGAAGAAACUGUUGCAGAAGAUGAUGCAGAAUUAACAUUAAAUAAAGUGGAUGAAGAAUUUGUGGAAGAGGAGACAGACAAUGAAGAAAACUUCAUUGAUCUCAAUGUUUUGAAGGCCCAGACCUAUCGCUUGGAUAUGAACGAGUCUGCCAAACAAGAAGAUAUUUUGGAAUCCACAACAGAUGCUGCGGAAUGGAGUCUAGAAGUGGAACGUAUACUACCACAACUGAAAGUCACGAUCAGGACUGACAAUAAGGAUUGGAGAAUCCAUGUUGACCAAAUGCACCAACACAAAAAUGGAAUUGAAUCUGCUCUAAAGGAGACCAAGGGAUUUUUGGACAAACUUCAUAAUGAAAUCAGUAGGACUCUGGAAAAGAUUGGCAGCCGAGAAAAGUACAUCAACAAUCAGCUUGAGCACUUGGUUCAAGAAUAUCGUGCAGCACAAGCCCAGCUGAGUGAGGCAAGGGAGCGUUACCAGCAGGGAAACGGCGGAGUGACUGAAAGGACCAGACUCCUGUCUGAGGUUACAGAAGAGCUAGAAAAGGUAAAACAAGAAAUGGAAGAAAAAGGCAGCAGUAUGACUGAUGGUGCUCCUUUGGUGAAGAUUAAACAGAGCUUAACGAAGCUGAAGCAAGAAACCAUUCAGAUGGACAUUAGAAUCGGUGUUGUGGAACACACAUUACUCCAGUCAAAACUGAAGGAGAAGUCCAACAUGACUAGGGACAUGCAUGCAACAGUCAUUCCAGAAUCUGCAAUAGGCUCUUAUUAAAGCAUUUUUCUUCUUCUAAUUAGUUGGUUUUUUAUAUCAAAUUACAUUUCAUAUUGCAUAGAUUUCAAAACACAGUUACUGCUCUUCAAGCAUGUUGAAUGAGUAUUUUUUAUAUAUGUAUACACAUAUUGUAUCAUAGUGAUUAUGGAUGGUCAAACCCUUUAAAGUGAAUAUAAUAUUUAAUAAAGUAAUUAAAAAUUCUCACUUUCAAA